AACGAUUAAGAAUCUUACCUAAAAAGAAAGGAGUACUAUUAUAAAUAUAUGCAUGACAUGUAAAUUAAUUCAGAAACAUAGUGAGAAUUAAAAUGGAUACAAUUUAUUUAGGAUGGUUUGGUCUAGUAAUUGGGUUUGUGUUAUGGUGGUGGAAUGAGUAUUGGUAUGUUUUUCCUCUCAAGUAUCAAUGCUCAAAAUCAGCUACAAAAUUGCCACCAGGUCACAUGGGAUUUCCUUUCAUUGGAGAAAUGAUUAGUUUUCUUUGGUAUUUCAAAAUUGUUCGACGUCCAGAUGAUUUCAUUAAUGCUAAGAGACGCAAAUAUGGUGAUGGAGAUGGCAUGUUUAGAACACACCUCUUUGGGGUACCAUCAAUCAUAGUAUACAAUGCAAGCGUUCACAAAUAUGUGCUACAUAAAGAGGACAUAUUCAAAGCAGAUUGGCCCACUAUUGAACUUAUGGGCCGAACUUCAAUGGCGGCUGUCCACGGAAAAGCCCAUACACGAGUCCGUAGCUUUGUUACCAACGCCAUCAAUCGCCCUGAGGCCCUAAACCGCAUUGCUGCUCAUGUCCAACCACGCAUGGUCAUAGCUCUUCAAUCAUGGGCACAGUCGGGUAAAAUCAAUGCCCGGUUUGAAACUCAAAAGUUGACAUUUGACAACAUUGGGAAAUUAUUCAUGAGCAUGGAGCCAGGCCCUUUACUACAAUCUAUGGAUAAGCUCUAUCAAGCCUUGCUUUUAGGAGUGAGAGCUUAUCCAAUUAACAUUCCUGGUUUUGCAUACCACCGUGCUCUUCAGUGUAGAAAAAAGCUUGAGCACAUUUUUUGGAUGGAAUUAGACAAGAGAAAAAAUAAAAAUAAGGUGGAAACAAUUGAUAUAAUGGAUGGGUUGAUACAAAUUGAAGAUGGUGAAAGUGACAAAUUAAGUGACAAAGAAGUUGUAGAAAACAUUGUCUCUCUAGUGGCUGCUGGAUAUAUCUCUACUUCCCUUGUAUCAAUGUGGGCUAUAUAUCUUCUUGACAAGUAUCCAAUUGUGUUAAAAAAGCUAAGGGAAGAGAACAUGGCUUUGAAAAAGAAAAGUCCAGAGGAUUUUAUUACACCUAAAGAUAUUUCCAAUUUAAAAUACACAAACAAGGUCGUUGAAGAAGUGAUAAGAAUGGCCAAUGUUGCUGCUUGUGCUUUCAGAAAAUCUGACACUGAAGUCAAUUAUAAAGGUUACAAGAUACCAAAGGGAUGGAAUGUAAUUCUCAUGUUUCGUUAUCUCCAUACAAAUUCAGAAAACUUCAAGGAUCCAACGUGUUUUAAUCCUGAUCGAUGGGAUGAGCCAGCAAAGGCCGGAUCAUACCAACCAUUUGGUGGUGGACAAAGACUAUGCCCCGGAAACACACUUGCAAGAAUGCAACUUGCACUUCUGCUUCAUCAUCUGUCUAUAGGAUACAAGUGGGAGCUCAUUAAUCCAGAUGCAAAUAUAGGUUAUCUUUCACAUCCUGCUCCGAUUGAUGGGGUCGAGGUUAAGUUCAGCACAUUGUGAAGAAAAAUUAUGAAAUAUGGAUUGUUUGCCAAUUUGACCAUAUGUACUCAAACAAUCAUUUUUCCUUUCUAUUUGUAGAAUUGUAGACAAUGAACAUGCUGAUAUUAAGCCUUUAUAUUUGUUA